AAAAUCCAAGACAAUCUAUCACCACAAUCUCCCAUUUCAAAAACAUGGCUGAUAACUUAUCCUCAAAGAGCCUACGGAGGAUCAACAAGGAGCUCAAUUCCCUACGGGCCCAGCCACCAGAAGGAAUCAGAGUACUCAUCAACGAGGAUGACAUCACCGAUCUCAAGGCCUGGAUUCAUGGACCAGCUGAAACCCCCUACCACAAUGGCUACUUCAAAAUCUCAAUCAGGUUCGGACCCGAAUAUCCUUCAGCUCCACCCAACUGUAUCUUUGCCACCAAGAUCUUCCAUCCGAACGUAGGGCCCAAGGGCGAGAUUUGUGUCAACACCCUCAAGAAGGACUGGUCCUCCAACCAGACCCUCACCGACAUCCUGACCGUCGUCAAAUGUCUGCUGAUCUAUCCGAACCCCGAGUCGGCCUUGGACGAGGAGGCCGGCAGACUCUUGCUCGAGAACUACGACGAGUAUCAUCAUCGGGCUAAGCUCUGGACUGAUAUCCACGCGAAAAAUAAACCUGCCGGUUUGUUCGAGCCCGAUCAAUCUACAAAUACCAGUGAAUCAAUCCCAACAACAACAACAACAACAACAACCACUACAACAGAUCCUAAGCCGAUGAUGCAACCGUUUGCGAGUUCAAAUCAAGUCAACAACAAGCAAGCCAGGCUGGGAGGAACGGCGACGACGGGGACGACAACAACAACAGCAACAACAACAGCAACAACAGCGGUACUGAAGUCGCAGCAGAGCGAUGCCGACGACGAGCGAGUCAUGAAGGCUAACUCGCUCCUCCCAGCAACAACUAACACUGCCCAUCCCAUCGACGGCGAAAACUUGAUCCCUUCCCCUCUCAGUAAUCACCCGAAACAACCGUAUCCGAUUCCUACUACUACCACUACCACUGCUGCGGCUACUGCCAAUCUUAAAGAUAAAGAUCGAAGGGGCAGGAAACGAUUGUGA